CCUCGCCCCGCCUCUCAAGGCCGUAAGUCAGCGCUGCGAGUCACUUCGCGGCGGAGCCGCACGAGAACUGGAAGCUUGGUGUGCAGUGCGGGUGUCCCCGGCUUCGGUCAGUCCCGCACCUGAUUCGUCAGUGGUGGCCAGGCCGCUGGUCCUCGAGGCCGCCUCGGAGCCGGUGAGAGUGGCAAGUCGGUGUCACGUCAUCCCACUGGCCGUGUGACUGACCCUGGGGCUUCACGUGCUGCAGGGGCUCUCAGGAGGAAUGGCAGCCAAGGGCAGCCUGCUUCGCCUGCUGUGGCAGCGUGUGGUGACAGGGGCUGCCCCUGAGAGCUGCCGCCACCUGUAUACAUCCUCUUGGCGGGCUGACUGCAACAGAGCCUUGCUCACUCGCUUGCACCGGCAGACCUACGCACGCCUCUAUCCUGUGCUCCUGGUCAAGCAGGAUGGUUCCACCAUCCACAUUCGCUACCGGGAGCCUCGAAGGAUGCUCACAAUGCCCGUGGACCUGGACUCCCUGUCCCCAGAGGAAAGGCGAGCUCGAUUCAGGAAACGAGAGGCCAAGUUCAAAGAGAAGAAAGAAGAGCCAGAGCUGAGUGAUGACUUUGAUGUGGAACAGUACAAGCGGUUUUGGACCAAAAAGUGAUGGUGCCUGGAAGAGGUGCUGGCCUGAGAUGCUGUGAAGGGGAAAGAGGAAUCUCCUUAAAUCAUAUGUUCAUGAA